UGACAUUACCGACCAUUUUAUUUACCUACAGUAGCACGUAGCGAUUUUUAUAUGCUAACUUCCACUUUAUACUCAUAGGCAAAUUCCGAAGAGAUCUAGAGAAGCAGAGGAAGAAAGUGUUGAUACAAAAUGACUUGCAAACGUAGGAAUGGUGGACGUGCCAAGCAUGGUCGUGGCCAUGUAAAUCCAGUUCGUUGCACUAACUGUGCUCGCUGCGUCCCUAAGGACAAGGCAAUUAAAAAAUUUGUGAUUAGAAAUAUAGUGGAGGCAGCUGCUGUUAGAGAUAUAACAGAGGCUAGUUUUUACCAAUCUUACCAGCUGCCAAAAUUGUACGCUAAGCUCCACUACUGUGUCUCCUGCGCCAUUCAUUCCAAAGUAGUUCGCAACAGGUCAAAGGCUGAUCGUCGUAUCAGAACACCUCCUGCCCGCAACUUCCCCAGGGAUUUGCGCCAAGGCCAGCAGAACAGGAAAUGAUUCAAUUUUAUUAUAUGAAAUUAAAAUAAGACUAGAAUUUAAGACUGUAUUCAUUUUUAUAUAAUAUAAAUUACAGAACAUGA